AACCGUAUACAUAUUGUGCCAAAGAUACGGCUGUUAUUCAAGAGUCAUCUUGUUCAUUAUCAUACCUUAUGACAAUAAAAGUAUACGUACCUCUUGCUAAAAAGCGAAAUUCAGGUAUAUAAUGAUCGUCAACGGCAGGCCCCAUAGGCGAUUCAACUCGGACCACCAAGUCCUUCAUUCGAGGCACAAACUGCCCACGAUCACAUCUAUCUACGUUUCCCAAAGCUCAACUUAUCCAAUUGUUCACAAUGGCACAGAGCGUCGUCCAUGUCAAGCCCGGGACUGACUCGGCCCUCCGGCUCGUCACUCACGAUAUCCCGUCCAUGGAUCAGACGCCGGACAGGGUCCUCGUCAAAUUUCUCGCUGUUCCCGUGAACAGGGUUGAUCUUCUUGUCAUGGAUGGGCAAUAUCCGGUCAAGCCUCAAUUUAGCGUCGAGGGACAGCCGAUCCCCGGGUUCGACGGGUGCGGUGUCGUGAUCGAGUCAACCAGCAGCGGAUUCGCGACCGGCGACCUGGUCAUCAUACUCGAUUUCGGACUCGGCACCUGGCGCACCCAUGCAAUCCUCCCUGCAAACGCGUUGCUCAAGGUGCUUCGAGACACCCCACCGGUGGUGGCAUCGCUGAUCCGAUCCGGCACCUUGAUCGCCUGGCUCCUCUGCGAGGAGGUGGCAUCCCUUUCCGAGGGGGACUGGGUUCUCAUGUCGGCCGGCACGAGCUGUGUGGCACAGUUCUUUGUGCAAUUUGCUCGGCAGCGGGGUCUCCAGACAGCCAUGGUCGUCCGAGACCGCGACAACAUUGCCGAGACAACGACCCAACUUACGCGCCUCGGAGCCUCGGUCGUCAUCUCAGAGUCCCAACUGGCUCGCGAGAAAGCGGCAGCAAUCCCGGGAAAGCCGGUUCUGGCCCUCGAUAGCGUGUUCGGCGCCGUCGGCCAGGCCAUGCUCGACAGUCUCGCGCUCGGCGGGAAAUAUGUCAUGGUGGGCAUGCUCAGCGGCUCCUCGGGUGCCCUGACUGUCACCACCGAUCUCUUUUACAAGAAGUUGACCCUUAUGGCAUUCCGAGGCAGCGAUGUGUUGAAGAGAAUUGGCGCGGCCAAAACGCAAGCUAUUGUUGACAUGCUGGCCCGCCAGCUCAUUGACGGAGGGCUCAAGUGUCCGCACAUCAAAACUUUGCAGUGGGCGCAGGUGGAGAACAAUGAUGUGGCAACGUUGGAGCAAGCUUUGAAUGAGUCAGUCAGGGACGCAGGUAGUUUGGAGGUGGGUUAUCAGAAAACCAUCUGGGUUGUAUCGUCGUGAGCAAUUAAUAAUAAGUGGCUUAAGGGCGCUCUCUCAAACUUUUGUCUCUCCAAUCACUCGGUCCCAUGGUUUGAUCAGCACAAAAAGGACACAAGG